AUGGGAAAUCAAAUUCGUCUAUCCAAUUCCCCUUGGUCAUCUCCAGUUAUUAUUCACAAGAAAAAAGAUGGUGGUAUUCAAUUUUUGGUGGAUUAUCGAAAAUUAAAUUCGGUAAACAAAAAAGAUUGUUUUCCUCAACCAACAACUGAGGAAUUAUUGCAUCGAUUAGGUGGUCAUCGUUUUUAUACAAAAUUAGAUCUUAAAUCAGGUUAUUUUCAGCUUUCUAUACAUGAAACAGAUAAAGAAAAAACAGCUUUUAUUACACAAGAUGGUUUAUGGGAGUUCAACGUUCUUCCACAGGGUAUUAUGAAUGGGCCACCAAAUUUUCAAAGAACAAUGCACAAUCUUCUUGGUUAUGGCCGCUGGGAUUAUGUUAUGGUUUAUUUAGAUGAUAUUUUGAUAUUUUCACGUACAUUCAAUGAACAUUUACACCAUUUAAACGAAAUUCUAAAUCGAUUUUCAAGCCAUACAAUCAAUGAACAAUGCAUUAAACCUAAUGGUGAUAAAAUUAAAACUAUUGUCGAUUUACCAACUCCAAAAACACUUAAAGAAGCAAAUGAAUUUUUAGGAAAAAUUAAUUGGUAUCGAAAGUUUAUUCCUAAUUUUGCCCGUAUAGCCGCGCCAUUACACAAAGUUACCAACAAAACAAAACAUCAUCGACAUGAAUUUAAAUGGGGACCUGAUCAACAACAGCCAUUUGAUGACUUAAAACGUCUUCUGACAACAUAUCCAUUAUUUUUAGAAUAUCCAGAUUUAUCAACUCCAUUUGUUUUUACAACUGAUGCAUCAAAUAUUGGAAUAGGUGGAAUUUUACGACAAGACACACCGAAUGGCACAAAAAUUAAUUAUUUUAAAUCACGUAUGUUAGAUGAUACUGAACGUAAAUAUGAUACAAUUGAACAAGAAGCAUUAGCUAUUUUUUGGUGUAUAUCUGAACUUCGAUCAUAUAUAGGUGAUUCUGAUUUUAUUAUCGAAACUGAUCAUAAACCACUUGAAAAUUUUCAUAAGAAACAAAUCAAUAAUAAACGAGUAAUGAAUUGGCUUUUUAAAUUACAAGAUAUGCUGCCACAAAUUAUUGCAGUCAAGCAUCGUCCAGGUGCACAUAACGCAGCUGCUGAUUAUAUUUCACGCCACUUUCCACCAGCAACAUCCACCAACAUUUAUCCAUCUAGCACAGCUGUAACAUAUGAUGAUUGGCCAAUUGAACACACUUGUACUCGUAAUGGGAGUAUCAAUGCAGAAAUUAAUGCUGUUACAACCAGAGCACAAUCAAAACUUCAAGCUCAACCACAUUCCUCUUCACCAAAUGCAUCAUCCACAUCAACUACAUCUCAAUCUACGUGUUCGUCUCCGCCGAUCACUACUCCAUUACAUGAUUUUAGUUUAUCACGUAUACGUUCUGAACAAGCACAGGACGUAAUUAUUCAACAAAUAAUUCAACAAAUUAGAAAUAAUCGUCGCUAUGAAUCGUUUAUUAUUCAACAUGGUAUUCUGCAUAAAUUAGUUAGCCGCGAUGAUACUACUAUUGAACUUGUUUAUGCACCUUCGAAAUUAAUUCCUGAAAUAAUGACUGCUUAUCAUGAUCAUCCAUUAAGUGGUCAUUUUGGUACUGGACGUACAUUGUCUAUGCUAAGAAACACAUAUUAUUGGCCACGUAUGAAAGACACAGUAACAUCUUAUAUUAAAUCAUGCGAUAAAUGUUCACAAUUUAAUGUAGAUCGGCAUAAACCUCCAGGAUUCUUACAACCUAUUAAACCACCUAAUGAAGUUUUUCAAGUAUUAGGUAUGGAUUGGUGGGGACCCACCAUCACUUCGAUUUCUGAAAAUCGAUAUGUUUUACUUAUAACUGAUCGUUUAUCUGGUUGUGUUUUUGCUAAAGCAUCACCUACAAAUACAGCUCAUGAUACUGCUCGUAUAUUAAUGGAAGAAAUUAUCUUAAUUCAUGGUUCACCCGACACAAUUAUUACUGAUCAAGGAACACACUUCAAGAACGAACUCUUACAAGCUAUUUCACAUUUAGUUGGUUGUAAACACAUUUUUUCGACACCACAUCAUCCACAAACAAAUUGA